UCAAGUGGCACUCGGAGAGGGAGUUCAGGUGUCAGUUGGAAGGAGUUUGGGUGGCUGUCAGAGGCUGAGAGGGCAGUCCCCAUUGUCACAACCCCAGCACCACCCAGGGCCCGAGCAGCUGGGCUGGGGGGCAGUGUUGCUGAGCAGAGCAUGGCACAGACUCAGCUGGAGGAGAUUGCCAGCAGGAUUUCAGACCUGAGCAAGUGGAGAGACAUCUUCAGUUUCCACGGCUGGGAAAUCAGCAAUGCAACUGCCCAGGUAACUGCUUCUCCAAGAGGGGACACUCAGGUGGGUUUUUUUUUGGUGGGAGUGCCUCACCAGGGAAUCACACAGCCCCACAUAGCAUGGCAGAGAGCUUUGCAGGGGGGAAAAGCUGGGAGCCACACACCCCUCAGCACUCCCUGGCCUCUGUUCCCUGCCAGCUCACCACCAGGGCACUCUGCCCACCCCCCGAGCAAUACUGGGGCAGGGGGUAACGGAGCACAAGUAGGGCAGCAGCCACAGGGUGAUGAUGUUCCAUCUGCUCUCUCUGUGCAGCCAGGCCAGAGCAGUACAGGUGAUGGAGCACCAGCAGCAGGAGAGCCAAGGGCGCUGCAGCCUCCACACCCAGCCUGUGCUGUCCCCACAUCCCUCCUGGUCCCCGUGGACACGGGUGGCUGGCCCAUCUCGCUGGACAUGGCAAUGGGGCUGAGAAAGCUGCUCUUUGGAAACGUCUCCCACGUCUUCAGCUGCCAGUGGGCCAAGGCACACUUCAGGUUUCACCAGCCCUCCUCAGACCUGGCCUAUGGCUUGGAGGCAGACAAGGGGGGAACAAGAGCCAUCCUGAUGGCUGUGCAAGCACACAUCAUCAGACACCUGCUCUUUGACAGAAACACAGCAGCUACUCACCUGGAGAGGUUGCAGGGGAUCAGCCGGCGGGAGCAAGGCGAGGCGCUGGCGGCAGCCCUGGCGCAGCUGCUGUGGGCAGCAGGAGGCGGAGGCAGAGCCGUGGUCUGCCUGCUCACCGCUGCCGUCCGCUUCGUGCCGCGGGGAGACUACAGAGCUGACAGCUUCACCGAGAGGAUCCAACUGUUUGAGUUCCCAGAGAAAGCAGCAGCUCAGGAGUUCAUCUCUGACCACAUCGACAGUUUCAGAGGCAAAGGAAGCCAUGGGCUGAUCCUGUUUUUGUACAGCUUGCUUUUCUCCAGGACUCUGGAAAGGGUCCAAGAAGAUUUAGAGGGCACAGCAAAUCCUCUGUUAGAGCUGAGUUUGGGGAGCAUCACCUGCACACAGGCCAUGCUCAGCCUCCUCCUGACGGGCCGGGCAAGCCCACACCAGCUCGAUAGCGGCCAGGAGCCAGGUCCCGGUGGCACAGGCAGUGAGGCAGCACGGCGGCAGCGGGCACUGGUGGGCUACCUGCGCUGGAGCAGGGCACAGGCAGAGCCACAGGUGCCCCCCGGGCUGCGGACGCCACAGGUGCCCGUCUGGCUGUGCAGCCUCUGCGGCAGGCACGGGGUCCUCUUCGGCACCAACCGCCUGCUCCUGUCCUGCUGGAGAGCCGAGAGGGUCUUCCACCUGCACUUCUACAGCGGGCAGCAGGAGCAGCCCAAGCCCACGCAGCUGACCAUAGCUGAUGUCUGCAUUCAGCAGACACUCAUUCACACCACUGGGAAGAGCAUCAAGGUGAAGAUCCAAGUAGCCCAGGGCAGAGACGUUCACCCAUGGAGAUGGCCAUCAGGACCAAGUGGGCAGGUGCAACUGUCAGCUGGAAUGGGACAGAGCCCUUCCUCUGAGGGGCCCAGCGAGACAGAACCUUUCUGAAGCAUCAAGCAGGACAGACUCCUCCUUCUGAGGGGUCCCAGCAUCUCCCACUCACUGCCAACUCCACCAACACUGUGAUCUCCAGGAGAAAAUGAGCUCUGCACUGAGCCUCCUCUUCUGCAGGCUGCACACCCCCAGCUCCCACUGCAUGUCCUCAGAGGGCUGUGCUCCAGGCCCCUCCACAGCCUUGCUGCCCUUCUCUGGACACCUUGCAGCACGUCAACAUUGAAUUGGGGAGCCCAGAACUGGACACAGCACUCAAGGUGUGGCCUGAGUAGUGCUGAGUACAGGGGCAGAAGAGCCUCCCCUGUCCUUCCAGCCACACUGUUCCUGAUACAGGCCAGCUUGGCUCAUCUCACCACCUGGGCACACUGCUGCCUCAUCUUCAGCUCUUCUCUGCCAGCACUCCCAGGUCCCUUUCUGCCUGGCUGAAGCAUGGACCUGGCCAGGCUGAAGUUGCCCUGCAUCCCACACACCAGGGGGGGAAGCACAGCUGGCACACAAGGGCAAAACAAAGUCCUAAAAGCUGCUCCUUGCUGUGAACUCAGUGGCCUGACUCUGAGGUGGCCAAGUCCUGACACCCUGCCGCAGCUGGGCAAGCAUGGGCAGGGGGCAUCACUCUUUGCUCACAUGAACCACUUUUCACUUCCCUUUUUGUAGGCAUCACCCAAAAAAAGACCCAUUAGUCAUACCCAAAUGUGUGUUGCUAGUGACAACUGUACUGAGAACAAUAAACCUUUC